AUGUCACAAUCACAGUCAGUUGAAUUUUCUGCUCUUGUUUAUGGCUCUUUUGUUGCCUCUCUUCUUGAGAUGACAGAAGACGUUGAAGAAGUUAACAAAAAACUUGAUGAAAUUGGAUACCGUAUUGGUUUAAGGCUUGCACAUGAUUUCGGUCGCGAUGACAGCCUUGAACGCAUUGAUACCCCAGAUAAAGUUGUUGGUAAUGUCAUAGAGAAGAAGUGGCCAUCACUUUCUCAUUCAAAUAAACAAGUUCAAACACAAGUCGAUGGAAAAAACAUUAUUCUUACAUUCCCACCAUCAAUAUUCACACAAAAUGUACAAAUUCCAGAACUUUAUAGUGGUGUUCAUUUUACUGGAAUGCUUCCAGGAAUUUUACGCGGCAUUUUUGAAAUUUUCCACUUUAGAGUUAAUACAACACUCCUCGAGCAAUCAGAACAGGUAGGUACAAAAGUUCAGAUUGAGGUUGUUGAAGAAAUACCAAUUGCUGUUCCAAAGACCGAUGACUAA